CUAAUCCACUAAACUGCAGUUAUUUACGUAAAGGGUUAAUUGUCUGGUUAGAAAGUGUCAGCAGUAUAUUCGUUUAAAACAUUUUGUAGUACUGUAUGCAUUGUUUGCUAAUCUUUAGUUACAAGUGUGAACACCUGUUAUCUGUCGUAGCCCUUAGUAGCAAGUUUGAGCCAACACUCAUUCAAGUUAGGUUUCAGGCACACUCACACUUGAAAGGCAAAGGCACACUAGAACAAAAUGUUGUCACCUGCUGAAGAAACAGACAAACCCACAGAGUCACAACAGGUACGAUCCAGCUCUAGAGAGCGAAGCCUAACAGAAAAGGGCAAAGAAAUGCACGAAGAAACAGUUAAGAAAAAUGAAAAGGCAUUCAACAAGGUGUGCAACUCUUGGAAGGAGCUAGCAAAGGAAUGUAGGACAAAGUUAAAAGGUUUCUGCUCAACUGAAGACCUUAAUACAAGAUUGAAAGAGAUUAAAGCCAAAGAAGCGUUAGUGCACCAACAGUAUGAGUCCAUGUGCCGAAAUAAUUCCACUACCCCGUACGUUGUUAAGAAAAUGGAUGCAUGCACCGCGUUAACGGCUGAAAUCUGCAACCUCAUCAGCAAGCGGCUAGAGAAUGUAGAUGAAAUCUUUAACGAUCAACUUGAGAAGGAAAGGGUGAGGAUGGUUCUUAAUAAAGAAGAGCAUGAGUCAGUCUUUGGAAACUCAGAAACAGAAACUGUCCUCUCAGAGUCAUUACCAGACUCCAACGCAAGCUCAAGAGCCACUUCCAGAUCUAGCAAACGCGCUGACGCAGAAGCAGAUCUUGCAGCCAAAAUAGAACAGGCAAAGGCGACGCAACAGAUGCGCGAGGAGCAAGCUAAGCUGAACAAACUAGAAGCAGAAAUUAAACUGAAGUUGGAUGAGGAAAAGACAAGACUACAACAGCUACAAGCAGAAAAUGAAGUCAAGGUAGCUGCAGCAAGAGUGAAAGCCUACAACGCUUAUGAUAGUCUUGAAAUUUACGAACAGGAGACAGACCACAAUGUGCAAUACCUCUGCCAAAAUAAUGAACCACGAAACUCAUUGAAUACAAAGGCUGUGCCAUUUCAACCUUCAAAUACACCACUUGGGCUGUCAAGACCAAAUGAAGAAGUUAGUCUAACCCCAGGACUUGCAAGUCUGCUUAUCUCCAACCGUCUCCCUAUACCUGAACCAACUGUAUUCACAGGUGAUCCUUUGAAGUUCAUAGAUUGGAAGAUAUCCUUUAUGGCGCUGAUUGAUCAGAAACCACUCCCUGUGUGCGAAAAAAUGCUGUACUUGAAGAGGUAUCUCGGUGGUGAAGCUCGUAAGGCAGUGGAAGGGUUCUUCUACCGAAAUUCAGAAGAUGCCUAUCUAGGUGCUUGGGGAAUCCUACAGGACAGGUAUGGAGGUCCAUUCAUAGUGCAAAGAGCCUUCAGAGAAAGGUUGGCUAAAUGGCCAAAGAUAUCAGCAAAUGACCCUGUAGCAUUAAGAGAGUUUGCGGAUUUCCUUCAAGGUUGUGUGGAGGCCAUUCCUCAUGUUAAAGGCCUAGCUAUUCUAAAUGAUUGUGAAGAAAACCACAAGCUUCUCAAGAAACUGCCUGAAUGGAUCGUGCGCAGAUGGGGUCGCAUCGCCGUGGACGAGCUGGACAAGUCCCAAGAAUACCCAACCUUUGCUCGUUUCACAGAGUUCCUGCAAAGGGAAGCUAAGAUUGCAUGCAACCCCAUUGCCUCUCCUUUUCUCCUCAGUACCAAGACUACAGAUGAGAGAAUUCCCAAGAGAGCCAAGGCGCUCAACACAAGCACUCAAAUGAAGCCCUCUACCUUCAACGUUCCAAAUAUCUCAGCUUCAAGACCGAAACCACCUUGCCUAGUCUGCAAAGACGAAACACACGGUGUCGCUAAAUGUCUGACUUUUGCGGCAAAGACCAUCGAUGAAAAGAGGGCCUUUAUUCACGAAAACCAUCUCUGUUUUGGUUGCUUAAGAAAGGGCCACACUACAAAAGACUGCAAAGGAAGACACACGUGUAGCAUAUGCAGUCGACGUCAUCCAACCUGUUUGCACAUACAGAGAGACACUGAGCCUGUCAAGGCAUCAAACGAUGAUUCAGUAGGCAUGAGAAAUAAGGCAAACGACAACGUUCCCAAAGUUAUGUCCCAUACUUUGACAAGACAUACGUCUGCCACAUCCUGCAUUGUUCCAGUUCUGUUGUCAGCUACUACGGAGCCUCAGAGGGAAAUCCUCACUUAUGCCUUACUUGACACACAGAGUGAUUCAACCUUUAUUCUGGCAGACCUGGUAUCGAAGUUAAGUGUGAGCACCAAGCCAUUACAGCUAAGGCUCAGCACAAUGACAGCGGUUGACACAGUUAUUUCAAGCCAAAUUGCUCACGGUCUGCAAGUGCGUGGCUUCAACUCCGAAGUUCAAGUCCAACUCCGUCAAGCCUAUACAAGAGAUUUCAUUCCAGUAGAUAAGUCUCACAUCCCCACUAAGGAGACUGCACUCCAGUGGUCACACCUCAAACAAUUGGCAAACAAGUUACAGCCACUUCAAGAUUGCGAAGUAGGACUACUGAUCGGUUAUGACUGCCCAUCAGCACUGGCUCCCUUGGAGGUUGUUAUCGGCUCCGAAAAUGAACCCUUCGCUCAAAAAACUAUGCUCGGCUGGAGCAUUGUAGGAUCAGCAAAUCCACAUCUUGAUAGACAGGGUAGCCAGAGCUUCGUACACAGAGUCGCAGUGAAAGAAAUGCCAAUGCCGCCGGUCGCUGAUGUGUUAAAGGCUUUAGAAAUGGACUUCAUUGAAAGAAAUUAUGAAGAUAAGUACGUGUCUCAAGAUGAUGUUCGCUUCGUGCAGUUUCUCUCGGAAACUAUAAUGAAAAGGAAAGAUGGACACUACGAGAUGCCGUUACCCUUCAAAGACAACAGUCAACUGGCACUACCAAACAAUAAGAGGCUGGCCCUUAUUCGACUUCAUCAUCUAAAGAAAAGAUUAAAGGGAAAUAGAUAGUACCAUGAACACUACACUGCAUUCAUGGAAGAAACAAUCAGAAAAGGUGAUGCAGAACCAGCCCCUUCAUUAUCAGAGGAAGAGACAGUGUGGUACAUCCCACAUCACAGGGUUUAUCACCCCAAGAAGCCAGACAAGUUAAGAGUUGUCUUUGAUUGUUCAGCAAAGUUCAAAGGCAUCUCCCUAAACGAUACCUUGCUGACAGGUCCCGACCUGAUAAACUCUCUAGUGGGAGUCCUCUGUCGCUUCAGGAAGGAAGCAGUUGCUGUGAUAUGCGACAUUGAAAAGAUGUUCCAUCAGUUCUAUAUCCCCUCAGAAAUGCGCAAUUACUUAAGGUUCCUUUGGUGGGAGAACGGUCAGUUGGAAACAGAACCGAAAGAAUACAGAAUGGCAGUUCACCUUUUCGGUGCCAGCUCCUCUCCAGGAUGUGCCAAUUUCGGCCUUAAGUAUCUUGCACG